AUGCCCCAGGUUGUGCUACCCGACCAGUCGAACUAUAAGGGCGCGAAGCCUGUUGGAGCUGAGAGACCUAGCCCGCAACUCGCAACUGGAAAGGAAGAUGAACCGCAGUGGCUCAAGGACUUUCAACGUGAUGGGUACGUCGUCAACAAAGAUGUCGUCUCUCGGGAGAAAGCUUUGAACUAUUACGCUCCGGCGGGAGAGGACUGGCUCGAAGGCUUCAAGUUGGGUUACAAGAGGGACGAUCCCUCUACAUGGGACGUCAAGAACCUCCCGAGGCAUAUCUUCGGCGGCCUGUACGGCCAGUACAGUUUCUCGCACGCCCAGUUCGUAUGGGACGCAAAGACGGAGCCGAACAUCGUCGAGCUGUUCGAGAAGCUGUGGGGGACGAAGGAGCUUACUGUCUCCUUCGAUGGAGGUAGCCUAGCCGUGCCCUUGCCGCUUGAUCAGGUGGAGGGACACGCCGCGCCCUGGCCGCAUUCGGACCAGAGCGCCUACCGCCCACAAAGGCAUUGUGUCCAAGGCCUGCUAAACAUCCUGCCAAACGGACCCGAAGACGGCGGGUUGAUGGUGCUCAAAGGCAGCGCCCUGCUCUUCGAGCGGUAUUUCCAGGAACACAAGCACCUCGAGUCCCCCGACAAGUGGCUGAUUAGGGACGGCUACUUCUGGGACGAAGCUGAGCUUAAGUGGUUUUAUGACCGCGGGUGUGAGUGGGUGAAGCCUGCUAUGGACCCGGGGGAUUUCGUACUCUGGGAUAGCAGGCAGGUGCACUAUGGUGCGUUUCCGAAGAAGCAGAAUAAACGGUUUGCGAUCUACAUCUGCUACAAGCCGAUGGCGUUCAUGACCGAAGAACAGAAGGAGCGCAAGAUCGAAGCGUUCAACCGCGGGUACUGUACGACACACGACCCGUGCGACUUUUUGGUCAAGAGCAACCAGGAGGCAGAGUGGAACGUCAAUUUCCCUUAUGCGAAGCCGGUGAUUAACGAGCAGGGGCAGAAGGCGAUUGGGCUGAUUCCGUACUGA